UAACUUGCGGUUGGGUACAAUUCUCGCCUGUUAAGAGAUCACGAGAAGAAAGUUCCGUCGAUUUCUUGGGCCAAAGUUUAAGUAUUUUUCUUUCAUUUCAUUUCAGAGCUGUAAGUCUUUUUGACCAGUAUUUGUGUGGAGCAACCGCCAAUGGGGAUUUAGGAUUGGAUGAAGUUGUCAAGCAAGGCUGUUUGAAGACUUUCCGCAUUUACUGAUAAAACAUCGCGCCUUCUCAGCUUAACUUAAAGUUCAGGUUCUUGACUUGGCAUGCUUGGUCAAGGUCAAUGACACUAACUUGUUUCGGCCUAAUUUUCCGUCUUCCUGUGGAAGUCGCGCAUCGUUUGAAAAAAGGCUUGAAAGUGGGCAAGACUGUUGACAUUAAACGUACGGUAUUGGCACAUAAGUGGGCUGUACAGUACAGUGUCAGUAGGCCUACUCGUACAACUUGGACACACAAUUGUUCGGAUUUUGGCAGUUAUUCCCCAACUUUGUCUUACUGAGGUGGGGUUGACUUGAGCUGAGUUUGACGAGUUGAUAACAUACGGCUUCCCACCGACACCAUACGUAAUAGGGCCGCAGCAUUGACAUUGUUGAUCUCCACUGACCAGCUGACGUUCGUUUGGAAUGGAAGAAGUCACUGAACAGAACGGUGAAGUCACCACCGACACGCCCUUUGAACCCUGGUACCAUGUGCAAGUUACGGGAGCCACAAAGAAUGGCGGAUUCAUCAAUUUUGAUGUAGUCACAAAGAAGUUGGAGGCCAGUGGUCAAGAAACGACCGUGCAACGUGUCUAUGAAGACUUUGAGUGGUUGCAGCACUGCCUCAUGACAGACUCGGACACCAGUGGAAUCAUUAUGCCACCGGUACCACCAAGGCCCAUGGCCUCAGCAGCAGAUGCCGCAGCCAAAGCAAAGAGAGAAAUGGGCACUGAUACCAAGGUCAAAGGUGAUGAGUUUUACAAGCAUUGUCGAUCCUUUGAAAAAUACUUGCAACUGGUCGUCCGACACAGCUUCCUAGGAAAGAAUGAAUCACUGGCCAAAUUCCUCACAGAACCAGAGCCGCCAGUCCGGGCCAAACUCAAGAACUCUUUCCUGACCAACCUGACCAAGGCUGUCGGGGAGGUGCGGAAGGGGGGUCACCAAGACUUGGACCCUACCUUCCAGAAGGAGCGCAGCACCGUCAACGAAGUGGUCAAGAUCAUGGCGGACACCAGCUUGCACUUCAAUAACGUGUUGAACAUCGGCGAGAGGUUCUCCGCCUCCUUGAACCAUCUCUCUACGGCCCUGUGCUUAGCCAGCACUGCCUCCGAAGAAGGACCCACUUCAGAUGUCAAUAAACUGCAGUUGCACUUUGCCAAGGCCAUCGAACAUUACUCCCAUGGAGUUGACAUCUAUGUCGCCAAUGACGAGAAGACAUUGGGUUUCUGCCUGGACCACUAUGCAAGAUACUUAGAGUCGGAGAAGGCUAUGCUCUACGUUAGGACGUGCAAGCUGAUGGAAUUUGAGAACGCCACAAAGUCAUUGGAGAAAGCCAAACCCCUCAAAAAGGAGGCCGCUGAGGAGCUCAAAGAAAAGCGAGAGAAGGAGUUUAAUGCUGUAUCUGAGGUUGCCAAGAAAGAGAUUACCAAGUUCCACCGACAGCGGGUAGUUGAGUUCCAGAAGGCACUCAUCUUGUACGCCGAGGCCAAAAUCAAGACAGCCCGGGAUAUAUCGGCCCUUAUUGCCAAGGACCUCAGCACCCUCAAGCAGAUGGAGUUUAGUAAUGGAUCAGCUCAUUAGGGAUUGGCUACAAAUUGUGUCAAGUGGAUGGAGUAAAAGGAGAUUUAUUGCAGGAGGAAUGGCGGGCUUCCUUCUAAAUGAGUGACUUGUUGCAAACUGAGCUGCAUCUGUCGUUGUAAAAAUCACACACGACAAGUAUUUCUGCCAGACUUAAAAGACAUUCCUGGAUCAUUUUCAUCUUAAAUAUAAAAAAACUAAUUACAGCCAUGUUUGGCAACCGACCCUUAAAGUUGCUUUGUGCUCUAUGGCAGCCUCAUUGGUAAAAAUGGCGCAAGCUAUUUUGUUUGUAUUCCGGCGUCAAAGUGAGAGUACUUUGAUUGUGCAUUUGAAGUAGUAGUCUUGGCUCGAGACUGGAGUUGAUUCUUGUUUCCCUAAAGCUUAAAGCAGGCCGGUCCCUGACAAGUGUACCCUAGCCACAGCUGCCGUGGAGGGGCUACCAACAGGAAGAAUCAAAUUCAGUCUUGAGUACUUCGGCACUUGGACCCCAGAAUUUCAAAGCUUGAACAUGCACUCUUGAGGUGUGCUCAGAAUUUCUGCUGAAGUUCUCAAGGCUGGAUUUGAUUUGUCUUGUUUGAUAGCACCCUCUUCUGCAGCAGGGAGUUAGAGAGUUAGGGUAACACAAUACAAAUCCAGACUUGAAGCAAGACUAGUGAAGUAAUAGACAGUGAGGCACAUUGGCUGCCACAAGACCACAUCAACAGAUAACCUUUCUGGCAAGCUUACAAUUUUCACUCAAGCUUGUGUAUCAACAAAACAGCUGAAAUGUCAGAGAACAACAUUCCUCAAACCACAGGAUUCCCUCUAUCAAUACUGUGUUCUGUUUAUGGUGUAAAUUGAGAACACACACGUGCAACAUCAUUAGUGAAUCGAGGACAGGAACCAAAUCGAGGACGACCUCGAUUAGAAAACGUGUACAAAACCAAUGAGAGUUGUACAAACAAAGGAAAAGGGAAGAGAAACAAAAGAAAAUCCUCAAUUUACACCAUAAACAAACGUGUGUGUGUAUACUGCGCGUGUGUGUUAAACUCUAGCAGGAUGUGGCUGUUACCAUUUUCCUGAAGAAAAAUUAAACAGAUACAAACGUAAAUGCCUUAAGAAGAACUUUUGUCCUACUUUUGUGGACCGUAUGAAUUGGUGCUUUUCGUAAAAAAAAAA